AUGGCCUCAAACGACGACCUCAAGGCGCACGCCGCCUCCAACCAAGACUUCUACGCCCUCCUCGACGUCUCUCCUGCCGCCGCCGAGCCAGAAAUCCGCCGCGCCUAUCGACGCGCCGCGCUAAAAUACCACCCCGAUAAAAUCGCGAACCCGACCCCCGUAGACAUCGACAAGUUCCACAUCCUCCAAAUCGGCUACGAUGUCCUUUCAGAUCCGUCGGUACGGCAGUUGUAUGAUAAUGCGCGGGAGGCGAGGGAGCGGAAACAGAAGGAGCGGGAUAUGAUGGGGGCGGCGAAGAGGAAGAUGAGGGAGGAUUUGGAGGCGAGGGAGAGAGCUGGGGCUGCUGCUAUGGGGGCGGGUGCGCAGAGGGGGUUGAAGAGGUCUUGGGAUAUGGAUGGUGGGGAUACGGAGGAGAAGUUGCAGGCAGAGAUUGAGCGGAUAGCUGAGGAUGGGCGGAGGCGACGGCGCGAAGCUGAAGAUCGUCUGAAGAAGGAGCUUGAGGAGGAAGAGAAGAUUGUGCAACAAGAGGAAGAAGAGGCGCGACGGGCUGCGGAUAGGAGUAACCAGCGGGUUGAUCGUUCGCAGGAAGGGGGUACGAACGUCUCCGAACUCGAACGCGCGGUUAAAGUACGAUGGUACCGUGAGGGUCGCGGGCUAGAACUGGACAAGGACCGUCUCUCCUCGUUAUUCUCCCCAUUUGGCACGAUCGAGAGUGUCGCGAUGCUCAAAGACAAGCGACAACGUAUUGGAGACAAGCGCGAGAAAAAGACCGUGGCUACAGGUGUCGUGGUUUUCGCCUCUAUCGUCAGCGCCCACGCAGCCGUCUUGGACAGCGAGAAGAGAAGACGCCAGAGCGUGGGACAGACAGACAGUGAUUGGGCCAUCAUGGAGUCAGUGUCCUGGGCAUCAGGCGCGCAGCCGGAUUUGGGAAUGGGAGCAGAACCACGCCCUGCCUCUCCACCACCAGCACAAGAGAAAAAGCCUACAUCAGCAAAACCCUCCUUCAAUUUCCCCGGGGCAAAAGCAGCCAUGUCAGACGGUGCUGCCAAGAAGCCCGGAAAGCCUUCUUUCGCCUCGUUUGGCUCUGCUGCCGCUUCUGCGAAUACACCAAAGCCGGCCUUUUCUGAGGAGGCCAAGGCGUCGAGUACACCAAGCAUGGAGGAGUUGACAUUCAUGCGAUUAAAGAAUGCGCAGCGUGAAAAGGAGCGUAAAGCUCUCGAGGAACAGCUUCUAAAGGAAGAUGAGGCUGAGGACGCUGCU